AUGGAUCCUAUCUCCCCAGCAAGUGAUACGACCAAAAGCCACACCAAUUCCGAAGAUUCUGUCUCUCAAGAAGGCCAUGGAACUCCUCCCCCAACCGACACUGUACUAGCCAAGAACUUCCAAAGUGUUCCCCCCCUGUCUGCUCCAUCAGUUCGCCCCCCUUCCUUCCAAGAGUUUGCUCUCAAAGCCAAUGAACCAAGCUCGUCUGCCCCACUGAUCCCUUCCGAGCCCAUACUCGACACUGAAAUCCAACAAAUCACUGCCGAAGAAUUUAAUCGAAACAUGAUGGCGGCCGAGCAAGCUACACGUGGCCUCCGCAACCUCAAACUUCCCAGGAGCCUGAAGGAGCAAGUUGAAUCACUUGAGAAGUCUCUUGUUCGUACCAAGAGAACUUGGGAAGAAACUGGCGAAAUUCCUGAUGAUGAAGCAAUCAAGAUCCACCAAGGCGCGACAGCAGCCCCUUCUUCAUCGACACCCAAUUUCAAAAAAAACCCUCCACGCAAAAGAGGUAAACGCAAUCCGGCCACCAAACCAGCUGACUUACUCAAUCAGCAACCAAAUCCACCGCCUCCACCGCCGAAUCCUACCGCUGAAACUACACCUGAUCAAACUACAGCUCAAUUGGUGCCCAAUUCCCAAACAGCCUCAAAUUUGCCCACCCCAGAAUCAAACAAAGCAAACCCUCGGUCGGACACAGCUGAGAAAAACAAUGUACCCAGCACUCCCUCGGACAACCUUGGAGCAGACUCCACCACAGACUCAACUCAUGAUCAACGGUCAAUGCCACCACCCGAUCUACCAUCCGGGCAUGUCCAAACCCAAGCAAAAGAUCCAACCCCCAUCUCCAGCUCUCAAGUUACUACUCAACAACAGCAAACCCAGAUUCCCAACCCCCCACCGGGCCCUACAACCUCUCUCAAUUCUCAACAGCCCUCUGCUUCAGAAAACCCACCCAACAGUCAAGCCAAUUCAACCCAGCCACAGCCCACUCCCACCGAGUCUUCUCAGCUUCCCAACCAGCCCCAAGAUCAACCAUCCACCCCUCUUACUAAUACUAAUAUUACCAUCCUCAAGUCAACUGAUGUUCGGAUCAUGUUGAUUCAGCUCCAUCAACAGAUCGAAGGGGUUAAACCCAACUGGCAGAAGUAUCAAACUACGUGGACUUCCCUCUCAACACUGGUCCAGUUCCGUGCCUUAUCGAUGGGCAAUUUGGACCCCCACAGCCCCCAAUUUCACUUCCAGAGGACAGCCUGCUCUUACAGCUCGUGGAUCAAGACAAUAAGCUCAUUGGGGAAGCAAUUCCUAGGUCCAUCAACCAACGAACAAUGGUACUGUCCUGAUGUCAUAGACCUUCCGCUGCUUGCAAGUUUUGCCAACACAGAUGGUACUCUCCAACCGCAUCAAUUCAUCCCACCAUCGACUAAAUCACCACAUCCUGAGUCCACUCUAGUUCGGUUCCUCUUCCGCCUUCAGAACCCUCCAGCCUCCAUCAUAUCUGAAUGGGCCAAGAUCAUUGCUGCCUCUGUUGAGCUCAUGGCCGACAACUUGUACAACGAUCCACCACCAGAAACAUGUGAAGAUGAUGACAAAAUAUUACAAGGCGUGCAAGUGCUCAAACACCUCGACAAGCUCAAGGCUGCCUCCUCCUCCUUUGAAGCAAGCACUGAAAACCCUGCCGAUACCGAAUCUCAAGUGGUCGAACGUUCUCACUCAGUUGAUGUCUUACAGGAAUUUCGAAAUCUCAUUAUUGAUGUCUUCAUGGCUUAUGUGAUAUUCCAAACGCACGCACUCAGUAGCCAGCCCCUUGACAGCACCCAGAGAAAGAACCGCUCCCGCUCCGCUCGAAACUCCAACCCCAAUCCACAGGGCUCAUCUGCUGUAACCACUACCGGGAAUACUUCAACUCAGCUGACACAAUUGAAGGACGAGGCAAGCAAACAACUUCAAACAAUACAAUCCCGACAGAACUUCCAACCCCUUGUAUACUUUUUACUUGGUGGUGUUCGUGGACUCUUCAUUGCCUCCAGAAACCACCAAACCUCCCCAGUCUCGGAAUGCAUCUAUUUCAUUCAGGCCAUUUCAAUAAUCAGUGAAACCUCGUCCACUCGACGCACCCCCGAGGAACCCAUUUGGAAGAAUCUCUCUGCUUACAUCGUUAAAAUAUUUAAACCAGCUUUUGAGUCACCCAACAAGAUUGUUGCACUGCACAAGCCACCCACCUGCCACCAACUUGCCGAAGCAAUUACCAUUGAUUACUUGAAUCACUGGAAAGAGAUCCAACCCACUAGUCCCUUCUUAAUUCCAAACUCGUCUCGUCAGAUUACUCAAAAAUGA